GAGCGCACUUUCCACGAGAAGACGCUCAAGUAUUUCUGAAGAAGUGAAUUUGGCUGCUUUAAACCGGGAAGCUUGAGGAACUCGAGGAAGUGUUGCCAUGGCAGCUGUGGCUGUGCUGAGGAACGACACACUACAGGCAUUUCUUCAGGAUCGCACUCCCAACUCCUCGCCGGAAAACGGCAAACACUCUCCUCUGGCGCUACUAGCGGCGACGUGUAACCGGGUCGGUCAUCAUCAUCACGGAUCCACACCCACGGACUUUAUUCAAGUUCCCUACGACGUGACCCUCGGGUCUCCGUCACGGAUUUUCCACCCUUGGAGUAACGAGGCGAAUCCCCAGUCCUCGCUUUCCAACAAUUCUUCCUUUGGACUAUCCUCGAAAUCUCACCUGCAGGGCUCCUACACCACCCACCACGAGCUCCCCUUAACCCCUCCGGCCGACCCCACGUAUCCUUAUGACUUCUCUCCGGUCAAGAUGUUGCCAUGCUCCAUGCAGUCGUUACAGUCAAGCUGCCCGCCGACCUACGUGCCCGCCGUCACCUACGCAGCGCCGCCCCCCAUCCCGCCCGGUUUCAUCCCGGGACACUCAGGCCUGGUCCAUCAGCAGCAGAGACAGCUGUCUCCAAACCCCGGGGAGGAUAUACCGUGGUGGAGCCUUCAGCAAGGAAACCACGUCAGCCACCCGGCGAGCCUCGGCCCCCACCGCUUCCCCAUCCAGAGGGGCUUGGUGUUGGGACACACAGACUUUGCACAGUACCAGACUCAAAUCGCAGCCCUCCUCCACCCCAAAUCCCCCCUGGCCACCGCCAGGCGCUGCCGGAGAUGCCGGUGUCCUAACUGUCAGUCGUCCAGCUCCAGCGACGAGCCCGGGAAAAAGAAACAGCACAUCUGUCACAUCCCCGGAUGCGGGAAAGUAUACGGCAAAACCUCCCACCUGAAGGCACACCUGCGCUGGCACUCAGGAGAGAGACCCUUCGUGUGUAACUGGCUCUUCUGUGGGAAGAGUUUCACCCGAUCGGACGAGUUACAGAGGCACCUGAGAACUCAUACCGGGGAAAAACGCUUUGUGUGUCCGGACUGCUGCAAGAGGUUCAUGAGGAGCGACCAUUUGGCCAAACAUGUGAAGACGCACCAGAACAAGAAGAGCAAAAGUCACAAAAAGACCUCUGAUUACAUCAAAAGACAAGACCUGAGACCUGUGUAG